AUGGCACCUCUUCUCAAUGUUGACGAUGAACAACCUGUUCAAUACCAAAGCCAUUUGCUAGGACAUAUAAGCAAAGGUGCCUCCAAGCCCAAGGAAGCGCCUGGAUGGCGUUUCGAUACCCGUCAAGUGCACAGCGGGUUGGAAGAAAAGCCAGCCUAUGGACAGUGCACUCUUCCCAUCUACAACACAGUCUCGUUCAAAUUCACUUCAGAUGACAGUGCCAUAUUUGGCUUCGGAGACAUAGCCAAACGGGAGACAUUCAUCUACAGUCGGUUGGCGAAUCCUACUAAUAAUGGAUUCGAGAAAAGAAUGACAGCCUUGGAGGGCGGUGUAGAGGGAUUAGCGUUUUCUUCCGGCGGUGCUGCAGUGCUCGGUGUUGUCAUGUCACUGGCCGCCGUCGGUGACAACGUGAUCAUAUCAGGUGCUAUCCACAGCGGAACUCACCAUCAGUUCCACAAAGUGCUGUCUCAGCUGGGCAUCGAAGCCCGCGUCUGCAAUGUCACGGAAGAUAUUGAGCGCAUCCGUCGACUGAUUGAUGACAACACCAAGUUCAUAUUCACAGAGUCGCUGGGGAAUCCCAGUCUUGCGGUUCCCGACUUCGAGCCGCUUGCUGCUAUUGCGCAUGAUUAUCAGAUCCCUUUGGUUGUUGAUGCGACACUUACGGCAGGCGGAUACUUCUGCCAACCUGCAGAAUGGGGUGCGGAUAUCAUCAUCCACUCUGCCACCAAAUGGAUUGGAGGCCAUGGCACAACACUUGGUGGCAUUGUGAUUGGUACAGCGUGCUCCGACUGGCAGGCUAACAAAGCUCGAUUCCCACGUCUUCAUGGACAGUUUCCUGGUCUGGACGCUGAACAAGCAAACUGGUACAAGAGUGUUGGAGACAAGGCGUAUAUGCAGUUCUUGAAAAAGGACUAUAUGCGCGACUAUGGGCCAUGUCUCACACCCCUUGCUGCUCAACAACUGCUUAUUGGCGUGGAGACACUGUCGGUACGGUGUCAACGCCAAUCUGAAAACGCCUACGCCAUUGCACGUUGGCUACGCGCUCAUCCUCGCGUGGCUAGCGUCCAGUAUCUAGGAUUCGAUGACCACCCGUCUCACCAACGUGCGCUCAAAUAUUUCCAGCGAGGAUUUGGUACAAUAGUCAACUUUGAGUUGAAGGGUGGCGCUGCGGAGGCCAUCAAGUUCAUCGACUGCUUGAAGCUGAUUACGAAUACGACUAACGUGGGAGAUGCCAAAACGCUCAUCGGCCACCAUCGUUCCACUACCCACCGGGAAUUUACUACUGAAGACAACGCGGUCAUGGGAGUAAGCGAAAGUCUGUGCCGCUUGUCGUUGGGGAUUGAAGAUAUCGAAGACUUGAUUGAAGACUUUGAGCAAGCAUUUCAAUGCGUCUCAAUUGAGAACUUCGCGAAGUAG